GGAGGUAUCUGAGGGUAACGGGGCUCCCCUCAUGAGUUUGGGGAUCUAUUAGAAAUCAGAUGGCACCUUCAGGAACCCGCAGCACUUCAUGGCCCGUCCUGGCUCUCGCCCUGCUCUCCACUUUGGAUUUCUCUCCAAGCCUGGCAAUCGAAGUUUAUACAGAUCGGGAAGUCCAUGGCACGGUGGGCUCUAAGGUCACCCUGUCCUGCACGUUCUGGUCAAGCGAAUGGAUUUCCGACGAUAUUUCUGUGAGCUGGCACUACCAGCCCGAUAACAGCCGGGACACGUACUCGAUAUUUCAUUACGCCAAGGGUCAGCCCUACAUUGAUGACACAGGGGUGUUUAAAGACCGCAUCGAGUGGAUUGGAUACCCAAAGAGCAAGGAUGGAUCCAUUGUCCUCCGCAACCUGGAAUACACAGACAACGGCACCUUCACCUGCGACGUAAAGAACCCGCCCGAUGUCGUGGGGAAGUCUUCUUACGUUCACCUUCUCGUCUAUGACAAAGGUCCAGUCCGUGCGGGAAUGGUUUUGGGCAUCAUCAUCGGAGCUGUACUCGCCCUGGUUAUCGUCGUGGCCCUCAUUGCCUACGCAAUCCGCUACUGCUGGCUGAGGAGGCAGGCCCGGAUGCAGCGGGAAAUCAGCGCUCUAGAAAGAGGGAAGCUUCACAAACCAUCCAAAGACUCCUCCAAGCGUAGCAGACAGACUCCCAUCCUGUAUGCCAUGUUAGACCAGACCAGGAGCACCAAGGCCAGCGAUAAGAAGUCCAAGGGAGGCAUCGGGGACUCUCGCAAAGAUCGGAAAUAGCAAUUAGCAGGCAGGGAAGGUACACACAAGGCAGAUGAGGAGUCCCCCCGCAGUUCCAAGGUGGUCUACACUAUCGAGAUGGAAAUGAGGGGGGACGAAGGUGAGGAUCAACCCCACAGAGGUGCUGUAAAGUCUCCCAGCAAGAACAGCCUCAAAAAUGCCUUAAAGAACCUAAUUAAAAGUGAUUCAGAGAAACAAA